ACAUGGUAUGCAUACAGCUCACCGGGCACCUGCUUCAAAUCUCGCGAGAGGUUAGAUCACCGGUUCGUUUUGUGAAAAGAAAACAUCACGCCAAUAUUCUUCUUUUACGGACAUUUGAUCAAAAAUGAGUCGAAAGCAGACACCCAGUGAGUUCCUGAAACAAAUUAUUGGUCGUCCUGUCAUGGUCAAGCUGAACUCCGGGGUAGAUUAUCGAGGAGUGUUGGCAUGCUUGGAUGGCUACAUGAACAUUGCCUUGGAACAGACGGAGGAGUAUGUCAAUGGACAGCUGAAAAAUAAAUAUGGCGAUGCUUUUAUCAGAGGGAAUAACGUGUUAUACAUCAGCACACAGAAGAGACGGAUAUAAGAAGAAUUAUCACAGUGCACUUCAUCCAAUCACCCCCCAUGCAAUCCAAAACACAUGGAAUCUCAUUGUGACAGAUCAUGUGCUAUACAUGUUAUACCACAGCACUGGUGGUGUCCAGCUAAUGGUGUAAUAUGAGUUGACAUAGAACAAGACGAUCAUGGAUCAACUCAUCCCACCCAUAUAAGAUGUGGAGAGGAAUGUGAACUAUUUUGUUUCUAAAUAUACAUUGUUGUUCAGUCAUGUUGACAUUGGGAAAUGUUUUGUUGUACAUUAUAAUAUUGCAUUGUCAAUAAAAUACCAACAGAAAUAAAACAGCAAUAUAUAAA